CAUCAACCAAAGGAAGCGGAUCAGCUGUGUUCAAUGUUGUGUACAUAGGUUAUGUGCAUUUUUCGAAUUUAUAAAUUAUAAUAAAAUGAUUAAUGCAUAAAAUGUUAAAAAUUUAAAUAACGAUAUCAAUGUUAACAUUGACUUUGAACGAAAGAAAAAACAUAUUUUUUGCUUCAAUAUUUAUAUUCGUAAAUAUACGAAAUAUUGUCAAUUAUUAACAAAUCCUUAUAAGAAGAAGUAAGAACGUGGAAUGGAUUAUGCAACUGUAGUGGAUCAAGCAAUUAAGCAGUUUUAUGCUGCAGGAAAUAAUGAAGCUCACACUUGGUUGCUACAGGUUCAAGCCUCCCCCGAAGCAUGGACUUUUGUAUGGCAGCUUCUUGAUCCUUCAAAGUCUCGGGAAGUACAGUUUUUUGCUGCAACGACAUUACAUGCAAAAAUAUCAAAACAAUGGGAUGAAGUACCUAAGAAUGAAUAUCCUGUUUUACGUGAACGUUUACUUAGCAGUAUUACGCAAUCAAAUACUCCAAAGUUUGUACUUUCAAAGCUUUGUCAAGCGUUAGCUGCAUUUCUGGCACAUAGUAACAAUGAUUUUGAAAGUAAAGACAAGGAGAAAAGUUUAGUAGAAGAGUUAAUAGAAAUAUUACCAUAUGAUUCACCACCAAAAUUGGAGUUAUUAUUAAGAGUAUUAUUUUCUAUUCCUGGAGAGUUUGAAAUGAGACAAGCUGUAAAAAGAAAACCAAAGGAUGGAUUAGUUAGUAGUUGGAGCAAAACAAUUUGGCUUUUACAACAAGUUUUUGCAUCAUGUAAUCCAAAUAACCAGGAAAAUGAUACAUUAUAUCUUUUGGGAUUAGAAUGUGCCUUUUCUUGGCUUAAAUUUGGCCAAUUACCUUUGGAGAUAAGUGGUCAAAUUUAUCCUUAUUUAUUAGUUGCUGCAUCCCAUUAUGCACCAAGCAGGGAAAAUUCACACGAAGACAAUACUAGUAGUUGGGAAAUAGUACAAGAUUGUUUAAUUAUGAUAUUAACACAUCCUGAAUUACACAAAAGACCACAGACACUUUGGGAAUGGGCAAGAAGUUUAGUCACAAUGGCACGGGAACAUAGUGGAAAAUAUUUUUGUGAAAUUUUAACAGCUAUGGGAGAAGCUUAUAGUAGGACAUUUUUACUUGCUCUCGCAGGUGAAGGUGAUGCAACUCAAAAGUGGACAUCCGAAGGAUUAAUUGAGUUACUCUUAGAGUGUUCAGAACAAGAAGGGCGAUAUCCUACAGAUGAAACUCGUAGUUCUAUUCCAUUUGCUUUUUGGUUUACAUUGCAAGACGAUUUAGGUACAAUUGAUUCACCUCUUGAAAGUCAUGCAUUGAAUGCUUUAAAACCAAUAUAUGCACGGUUAGCAAAUGCAUUACUAAGAAAAUCUACAUUACCUUCAUCACCAAACGAAAGUGGAGAUGCGGAUGAACGAGAACUCUUUCGAUGUUAUCGACAAGACGCUGCAGAUACAUUAGAUUACUCUUAUAGAGUUUUAGGAGAAGAUUUAUUAAUACUCCUUGGGCAGAGAUUGAGUGAGCCACUUGAUAAUUCAGAAAAAUGGACUGAUGUAGAAUCUACAUUACAUGCUUUUGAAGCUUUAUCAGAUAGAGUUGGCUUGGUAGAAUUCCAUUACAUUCCUGCCUUGAUGGAUUUAAUUGUAUCCCAUAUACCUUAUGAUCUUUACCCUGGAGAAGUAUUAGCAUGUGCGUGCUCAGCAAUAGGAGCAUAUGCUGAAUGGAUAGGAGAACAUCCCGAUCCUUGGCUUGAAAGAGUAUUACAUCUUGUAACAUUGGGUCUUUGGAAAGGUCCAAUUACAGCACCUCGUGCAAGUAUGGCUCUUAAAGAUUUAACAAGAGAAUGUGGGGCAUAUCUUGCACCCUUUGCACCAUCUAUACUGAAUACAAUAGGACGAACUCUUCCAAAUGUAACGUCCGAAGGGGGAGAAGGUCAACGCCUUAUGUAUGCAGCUGGAAAAUUAUUGAAUACACUUCCAACAGUGGAAGAACAAUUAACACAUUUAGAUGCAACAUUGGGCCUAUGUAUAGUGAAAAUUCAAGAAUUGUUGAAGCAACCAUUAUUCGUAGCUCGUGUAGCAGUUACAAAUCAAUUAAAAAUGGCAACUAUGUUUUUCUCAACUUUAGAAUGUCCUAUAGGAAAAGCUGUUUUAGACGGACUUUUACCAAUAUUUAAUGAAAUUAUUGUGCAUCCUGAAUGGAGUCAAGAUAAUGCUACAUUAGAAGCAAUGCACACAUGUGCACAAAAAUCAUUAUCAUCUCUAUUACAUCCAGAAACAGAUGCACGUCCUUUACUUUCAAUUUUAUCAACUUCUUAUAAGAAUUGGCCCCAUCCUGCUGCAUUAAAUUUAUUGAAUCAAUUGGUGUUAUUAUUUGGCAAAGAUCCAGACAGUAUUAUAUGGCCUGUUUUUGCAGAAUUAAGUUCAAUAACUUUAGGUGGUAUUAAAGCAUGCCAAUCAGUACAUGGCGAUUUAUCUGAUUGGUCGGAUCUAAUGGAAGCAUAUUUAGGAUUGCUUGCCCAAAUUUGUAAAAAGAAUGGUGAAAUGUUGCUCCAAGUAUCAGAUCAAAUUCCUGAUAUGUUACGAUGCGGUAUUACUUGUUUACUACUUCCCGAAACAGGAACAGUCAAAGCAGCAGCAUGUUUUCUUACUCAUGCUAUUAUGCAAACUCCACAUUUACAAGAUUUUAUUCAACCAAUCGGACGAGAACUUGUUUUUGUAAUACUACGGUGUGUUGGAGGAGAAGUGCCUCGAAACAAUUUAGAACCUCAUGCGGAAGUUUUACUGUCAUUAAAUAAAAUGUGUGCGGCUUGGAUGUUAGAAUGGCUUCGUGUUUCACUUGAAAGUCAAUCUGGACCUGCAGCUAGUGAUAUGGAUAAAGAAGUUUUUAUACGUAAUGUUUUACGAGAACGGACAAGUAGACGUCGUCUUUAUGAUGCGCUGAAAGAAUUUAGUCUUAAGUGUCGACAAAAGACUAUAGGACUAUAACGAUGCGCUUUCAUAAGUGGAUUUAGAUAUAUGAAAAUAAAAAAAAUAUUCUAAGAAAUAGUAUAAUCAUUAAGAAAUUAUAUCUUCGUAAUAAAUAUGAUAUAAUCUAAGGAUUCACUUCUUAUAUAUCAAAAAAUAUCAUAUUUUAUUUUUUUGACUACAUUGUGUAUAUCAAAACGUAAACAUUUUUAGUAAUGAAAGUAAAGUUGAUAUACAAGUGAUUGUAUAAAAUAUUAAUUUUAUUUAACUUAUAUUUAUCAAUAUUUUAUAUACUUGUAAAUGCUCAUUUUAUUUACAUAGUAUAACGUGAUAUUUUUCUUUAUGAGUAUUCACAAUUUUACCUUAAAUUAAAGAUGACUGCCAAAAGGACUUUAUAUGUUUCUAGCAUAACAUUAAUUUUUGUGUAAUAAUGUUAGUUUGUAUUUUUUUGUUUUUAUCCUAAUUGUACAUUUUUUUGUAUAGCUCCCUAUAUGUUCCUUCAAAGUUUUUGCAAUGUUAAGUAUUAUAAAUAUUUGUGCAUAGUAUAUAUAUAUAUAUACAUAUAUAUAUAUAUAUAUAUAUAUAUAUAUAUAUAUAUAUGAAUGUAUUUAAAUGAGAGGUGAAAAUAUGAAAUAGGGAUAUAAAAGAAUGUAUCACAUUUCAGAAUAUAAUAGCUUUACGAAAAUCUAUUCGAAGUAUAUUUAUGUUCUUGUUUUUGUAUUCUGAGAAAUUGAUACAUUCUAAUUAUAAUCAUAAUACAAGAAAUAAACAAAAGAGCAAGUAUAUAUUCUGCAAUUUGUAGAGAUCAUAUAUUAUAAAUUUUUUACAUUCAAAUAAUCUCGAAGUAUUAAAUGUAAAAUUGAUCAUGAUCUUCUUUUUUAUCCAAUACAUGCCAAAAACGAAAGUAUUGAUAGUCUGAAUUAAGACUACUCUCAAUCUCAUUGUUUAUAAUACAUAAAAUAAAAGUUUUAAUUACAUAUAUAUAAUAAUAAUUACAUUUUCAUUGAUAUAAAUUCUAACUAAAAUAUGAUUGUUUUCGUAAUUACAAUUUUUGUAAACAUUUCAUAAAAGCAAUGAUCAUUGUUGAUUUAACGUAAAAUAUAUGUUAUUUAUGAAUGAAAGAAAAUCACAUAUAUUUCCUUAUUGUUACAUAUAAUACAAUAACUAAAUUGUGUUACUAUAUGAACAUUAUUAAACCUCUGUUUACAAAUAGUCACCGUACAAGCAUGCACAUUCGGACGGAAACUUCAAUUUGUAUACUGAGACUUUGAAAUAAGACAAAGAAAUGUUUUAUAAGAAUUGCUGAAGAUGAGUCAUCGAUAAUGCAUUACAUAUCUUGCAGAAAAAAAAAAGAAUGAGUUCUAUUGGAUAAAUACAACUAUAUCUACAUA